UAAAAAGCCUGUCCAGAUCAGUACAGUGAAUGCAGGAACUGAACUGAAGACUCCAAUCAGUGAAGCUAUGCCUUUGAAGCAGAUGAAGUCUGUUAACAGAACAAAGUCUGCAGAGUUCCGUGAAGAAGUGGAUAACAAUAUCGAACAGAAGUCUUUAUCCAGGCUCUCUGACAAACCUGAUCCUGAUGUCCCUGGGACUACAAUAGAAGGCAAUGACAGUACCUCUGUUGUUAAGAAAAUAACUCAAGACCAAGAAAAAACUAAAUGUGACAGUGAAUAUAAAACUGUCCAUCUUCAGCCUCCCUGUGAGGACUCAGAUGAAGAAAGAUGGGUACGACAAGUUGCAACACAGUAUUCAUAUCUUAACCAGUACCUCAGAGAAAGAUCAAAGGAGAUGAUGAGAGAAGGUAUUGAAAGCUCUGACUCUGAUACAUCUGAUGAAGAACCAUUACCUAAUACCUCUGGAGGAAGAACACACUCAAUGCAGAAAAUGACUGAGGAAAAGAAGAAAUGUGAUGGAAUAGAUGCACGUGUGCAUUCAAGAAUUCCUUUGGUCAGGAGGAAGGAGGACGUGAAGGAGCAAGCUGAUUGGCACCACACACAACUGAAUGAAGCCUUCAGAAAUUAUAUAAAGGAAUUAAUAAAGGAGGAAUUGGCUACAGGGUAUGCAAAGAUGAGGAAACUCCUCAUAAAGGAUCUAGAGGAAAUUAGGGGAACACUCAAGAAGGAAUUAAGACAAAUAUUUGUGGAGAAGACGGCCCUGCUGCAAGAGCAGGAGCACUGGAAUCUGCAGUACCUGCAGCUGAAGGAACUCUUUAGAAGGGACUUAAAAGAGAUGGUUCGGCAACAGGUUAAAAAUUCCAAAAUUAUCAUUUGUCCUAAAGAAGAGCCACUACCUGGUGCCUCUAAAGGAACUGCAGACUACCAGAGAACAUCUCUGGAACAAAGAAAAAAGAAAAAACAUGGAGGUGACCAUGACAGUGCCCCUUCACAUUCAGAAAAGCCCUCAGUGCAAACUGAAGAGGAAGUCAUUGAUGGGCAGAGUGAUUCCCGCUGUAUGCCUCUAAAGGAACUCAUUAAAGACGAUUUAAAAGAAGCACUUUGUGAAACACUUGAAAAAUAUAAAUGUGAUACAUGUAUGAAGAAAGAACUACCUCAUAUCCUUCAUGGAAGAAAACAACUACGGAAAAUAUCUACAGGACAAGAGCUAAGGAAGAAAUAUGACAGUGAGUUCUUAUAUUCAGAGCAGCCUGCUACCAAGAGAGUGAAGGAAAUGGAGCAUGAGCACAGUGAAUUGCAGCACGUGCAUCUUAAGGAACUCAUUAAAAAAGAUUUAAAGGUGAAAAUUUGUGAUGUGCUUGGAAAAUACAAAAAUGUUUGCCCCGAGAAAGAAGGACUACCUCGUGUCUCUAUGGGGAAAACAAGAUUAAAGAAAAUCACUGAAGAACAAGAAAAGGAGAAGUGCAAUGCUGAAUAUGCAUCUUUAUGGGAAAGGCCUUCUGUGAAAACUGAUGAGGUGACAAUAGACCAGCAGAAUUCACUACAGUACAAACACCUUAAAGCAUACAUCAGAGAAAAUGUAAAGGAGAUGGUUCAUGACCAACUUGAAAAUGCUGACCUUAUUAUUCAUCUUAAGGAAGAGCCUGCACCUGAUGACUCUAGAAGAGAAAUAUCCACAAAGGUUAAAGAAAAGAAGUCAGGGUAUCUGUAUGUACCCCAUUUCAACCCUUUUGAGCACAGAAUUGCUGCACUGCGGGCUACCGCACACGUUGAACCAGCUCCUGCUGCCUGCCCUGGUGAUGCAGGUGACUUGGGUGACAUGGACAACGCUUUCAAGGCUCAAUUGGCCUGUCCAGUUGCUUUGGCUGCCAGCACUGAGCACCAAAGAUGGCAACCGCACACUGACCCUGAGCUUGCUCCUGGUCACCGCCCUGGUGACACCAGGGACCCUCCUCACAAUGCUGACCUGGCUCUUGACAAGCUCAGUAUUGAUCUAGAAUCUGCUACUCUCUGUGGUCCCAGUGACACUAAGGAUACUGCUAAUGACGCUGACCUAGCUUUUCACACUGCACAUCCAACUGGCCACUUCAGACCAAGCAGGAGCACCAACAACAGGCUCUCUGACAAACCUGAUCCUGAUGUCCCUGGGACUACAAUAGAAGACAAUGACAGUACCUCUGUUGUUAAGAAAAUGACUGAGGAAAAGAAGAAAUGUGAUGGAAUAGAUGCACGUGUGCAUUCAAGAAUUCCUUUGGUCAGGAGGAAGGAGGACGUGAAGGAGCAAGCUGAUUGGCACCACACACAACUGAAUGAAGCCCUCAGAAAUUAUAUAAAGGAAUUAAUAAAGGAGGAAUUGGCUACAGGGUAUGCAAAGAUGAGGAAACUCCUCAUAAAGGAUCUAGAGGAAAUUAGGGGAACACUCAAGAAGGAAUUAAGACAAGUAUUUGUGGAGAAGACGGCCCUGCUGCAAGAGCAGGAGCACUGGAAUCUGCAGUACCUGCAGCUGAAGGAACUCUUUAGAAGGGACUUAAAAGAGAUGGUUCGGCAACAGGUUAAAAAUUCCAAAAUUACCAUUUGUCCUAAAGAAGAGCCACUACCUGGUGCCUCUAAAGGAACUGCAGACUACCAGGAAACCAAGCAAAUGAACCUUCUAUCUCUCCUCCUGCAGAGAACAUCUCUGGAACAAAGAAAAAAGAAAAAACAUGGAGGUGACCAUGACAGUGCCCCUUCACAUUCAGAAAAGCCCUCAGUGCAAACUGAAGAAGAAGUCAUUGAUGGGCAGAGUGAUUCCCGCUGUAUGCCUCUAAAGGAACUCAUUAAACACGAUUUAAAAGAAGCACUUUGUGAAAUACUUGAAAAAUAUAAAUGUGAUACAUGUAUGAAGAAAGAACUACCUCAUAUCCUUCAUGGAAGAAAACAACUACGGAAAAUAUCUACAGGACAAGAGCUAAGGAAGAAAUAUGACAGUGAGUUCUUAUAUUCAGAGCAGCCUGCUACCAAGAGAGUGAAGGAAAUGGAGCAUGAGCACAGUGAAUUGCAGCACGUGCAUCUUAAGGAACUCAUUAAAAAAGAUUUAAAGUAUAUUUCAUGUGAGGGCAAAGAUGCAUCUGCAAGCCCAAGUCCACAGUGCUGCAGUCCAGAGAGCAGAACCCCAGCUUUGUACAGGUCCCCCAACUCCUUCACACCCUCGGCCCCAGAUGCAUCCUUCUACCUGAUCUUCAAAGGUUUAAGUGAAAACAAAUUAGACCGUGACUACAACAACAGACAUUAA